ACCUUGCCUUACACUCGGACCAGUCACUCAGAGUUGGAGCAGGAUGUUUUCGUCAAAACUUUUUCGUAACAUCAACAAUAUCCGUGUACCCUACAGUGUCCACGUUACACCAUGCACUAAAUUGACAUCUAGAAGGGUUUCACAAACUGCUUGUCUUUCCUUUGGAACUACGCGAUCAAAAUCGUCCGUGCACCCAUACACGCCUCGGGCAAACUUGUCGGUUUCGCAUUCGUCUGCAUCCUCGGAGCAGAUUAAGGAUGAUUCUCCGAUCCAAGAGGCUCGCUUAGGCAUCAUUUUUACCUGUACAGCGGAAGCAUGCUCUCAUCGUUCUUCGCACACCUUUACGAAGCGUGCAUACGAACGUGGUAUUGUCAUUGUCCAAUGCCCUGGAUGCAAAAAUAGGCAUCUCAUCGCGGAUAAUCUCGGUUGGUUCAAAGAUAGCACAGAGGAUGGAAAACUCAGAAAUAUCGAGGAUCUCCUUAAAGCUCGCGGCGAAAGCGUCCAAAGAGGCUCCUUGGAUGCUAAUGGUGUAGUAGAAUAUGCUGAUAUUGAAGUUGGUAGAAAGUAGAUGAACUUUGAAAGCACUCCUAGUCGGUGUGUCUGCCCCAAAGCUGCUUUUGCAGCUCUAGCUGACGGCCUGAGUAGUAUACUCCGCUCUCCUGAGGGCCAACAUCAUUCCUGUUGAUAUCCCACCUGGCGUGAUCUCCGUCCUGUUACAUUUACUAAUCGGAACAUAUUAUAAUACUCGCCUUUGACCCUCACUGACACCACGCGGU